AUGGAUUGGACAAGGACGUCUGGUAACUAUCAUAGUCGCGAUUUCUUCUAUCUACGAACGCGCCAACUGACUGCUGUCUCUUAUCGCUCUCACAGGUUCCACGUCGAUAACUUGUCCAGCGCUCACGUUUAUUUACGCCUUCGCGACGGUGAAAGUUGGGACAACAUCCCCCAAAAGCUUGUGGAUGACUGUGCACAGCUGACAAAAGCGAAUUCUAUCGAGGGAAACAAAAAGGAUAACAUCACCAUCAUCUACACGCCAUGGGCAAACCUCUAUAAAGAUGGAUCCAUGGAAACCGGUCAGGUAUCUUUCCACAAUCCUAAGCAGGUUCGUAAGGUCUUCGUCAAGGAACGAGAGAAUGCGAUCGUCAAUCGACUUAACAAGACCCGCGUCGAGAAAUUCCCCGACCUCCGCGCCGAGAAGGAAGAAUACAUGAAAAUAAAACGCAGAGAGGAGCGCAAAGACAGAGAAGAACAAAAAGCCAGGGAGAAGCAAGAGAGGCGAGAACAUGAGCAAUUAAAAUGGCAAAAAGACCAUGCGUACGAUGAUCUGAUGACUGAGGAGAAUAUGGAGGCUAGCUGCAAUCAGGAUCGCGACCCUGAUUUCCUUGACGACUUUAUGUGA